AUGUUGAAACAGUAACAACAGUUUAAGUAGUUAUAAUGUAGUUGGGUUACUAAAACAAAUACAUUUUGUUUAUCCAUUCAUGUGUUGGAGUGGGUUCUUCACGGUCGCAGGACUUUGAAAUCUCAUGCGACUCCGUAGUGACGUGACUGAUGACGUAGUAGAAUUCUAAAAUUAAACGAUACUUACCUGUAAGUUGAAGUUUGAUUGGGAUUCUACUAGUCAUCAGUCAGGAACGAAGGAGUCACAUGCCCAGGUACUCUGUACCAGGCCCUUCCCUCCUGUGACUCUUCGUUCCUCAUUCCUGCAACCGUUCACUUUAAAAACUGAUCAGCGAAGCACGCACACGCUUCUCAUGUGACUCCUUCAUUCCUGACUGAUGACUAGUAGAAUCCCAAUCAAACUUCAACUUACAGGUAAGUCUUGUUUAAUUUUAGAAUUAUUACAGCUAAAAUAUAACAACCGGCCUAGCUUGGUUUUUCAAUUUAUGUGAGGGGCUUUGGUGGCGAAGUGGUUAGCGCACUUGCCUUUCACCUCUAAGGCCGCAGGUUCGAAUCUCAGUGAGAGCUUCUCAAUGUGACUCGAACCCAGUCCUCAUGUGAAAAGAGUAAAAGUCAACGCUCUGCCGAAAGUCGUGGGUUUUCUCCAGGUACUCCGUGUUUCCUCCCACAGGGAAAGUUGACAGGGUGGGUUAGGCACAUAGGAUAGGUCUGGAGGCAGAUCAUUAAUGAGGUAUGGACUAAUAGCGGCUGCUCAAGCGCCAUUUGUAAGCUCAAAGUCUACCUUGGUCUGCUUCACGUCAGUCCGGUUCUAUCUAUCUAUUCAUAAUGUAACCAGUCACUGAAAAGCCCUGUUAGGGAGUGUGCUGUGAAAUAUCUGUACCUAUCUGUACUGUUGAGGCAAGCAUGGGCGUGCUGGAACAAAUCUCAAAGUCAUGCCACCUAGAAACAUUAAUUGAUCGAGCCAUUUGAGGUUUAAAUGUGUAAAAAAAAUAUUAAAUACAACAUAUUGUCAUGAUCCAUCAUCACCUUAAGCUCUAAUCCUAUUUGAGCUGCCAUUAAUUACCAACUGAACUACUGGAUUCAGGGAUAUUUUAUAUUUGACCAGGCAGACAAUAGAAAUUUAAAGUAAUCUGGCAUCACUACCUACCAAUAUGCCUUAGUUAUAUAAACCUUCUUUCCUCUUGGGCUGGCCUGCCUGGCCAAGACUCUUUUCCAAGCCUUAGAUCUUGGAUAACAGCUGGGCAUUAAAUAAUUAAUACAUAAUUCACAUCAAUCUAUUGAUAUAAAUAACAUUUCUUUAUUUUCUUAGGGGGUGUUUAUAUAUGGAGGGCAGCCAACCCAGAUACCCGAGCUAGCUUGCUUUGCCGAGAUCUAACAUUGCUAUGUAAUUUAUACUAACAUUUAUCUUGCCUGCCUAGGUGAGAUCUUGAAAAAUAAAAAUAUAUUUACUUAUAUUAUACUAUUUAUAGCGGUAAGACCAGCGAUUUGUUUUGGCAAGACAGCCCACCUCAAGGGUCUAAUGUAAACAUGGGAUAAAAUCAGCUCAGCAAAGAGAGCUAGCUCGGGUGGAUGGGCUGGCUCACCUCUAUAUAAACACCCCAUUAGAAGAUUUCAAAGUUAAAAUUUAUUUUGAAAUCUCUUCUGAGGGAUAAAACCUUCAAAACUUUAUUGUUGACAAAAAUUUCAGGUAGACAGUAUCCAGGAAAAUUGCCUUUUCAAAUUGUUAGGCCAAAAUUAUGUACAUAAUUUCAGUAAUAAAUAAAAUAAACAACUUUACCAAUGACAAGUGAGACUAGCUGUGAGAGUCUUUGUGGAUAUAGUGACAGUCUUUGCAAUUUCACAUCAUGAUUAGCCAAAAAAAACAAAAGUUGAUGCAAUAAAGAAUAAUAGAUUAAUUCCUAAUUAUUUACAAACAUGUACCAGUACCUUUUGCAUUUAUAUUGUGAAAAAAAUAUCUAUAUUUUUAUUUAAUUUCUGUAUAUUUUUCUCAGAAGAAUGAUAACAAACUGUGUAAUACCGCGUGCAACCCCCCUGCUAAGAGACUUGGACUAGUACAAUAACUGUAUAUAACAUGAAGUUUCCUGAACAAAAUGGCAGAAAUUUUAAUAAAAAAUGUUGAUGUUUGAUCGUAAAAUACAAAAAACUGCAGGUCUGUGCGAGUUACAACAACUGAAUUCGUACUCAGCGUAUCAAAAUCUAUAGAUUUAUGUAAACUAAAAGUAGACCCCCAAUGGGGACAACGAAACUUGUUUUCUAAGCGACUUUUGGGGUCACAGAAUACGGCCUAAUAUCAUAGAUAGGCAUAUAUAAUUCUGGAUUGAUGCAUUCCAUUCAGGUUGAUAUAGCAUAGAUAAUUCAGGAUUGAUGCAUGCCAUUAACUAAAGGUUACCUUCUGGCUUUGUUUUUUGCCUUUUGGAUGCUACUUCAGGUUCUGGUACUUCAUCAGGUGUUCCACCCUGGCUUGAGAUUUGCUGAAAGUUGAAAAAGAAAAACCAAGUUAUGAAACUCAAAUCCUACUUAUAACACAUAUUUAUAGUGUAUAUACUAUCCUCUUGUUUUUGCACAGAUACCGCAAAAUAUUUAAAAUACACUCACCAAUUGGAAGCAGUAAUAUGAAACCAAAGAACCCUUCUUCAGACAUUCAGCUAUCCAAUCGACAUGUAUAUGGAUUUGUCUUAGUGUACAAUCUGGAUUUGGAAUAUAAUUUUCGUGACAUACUCCUCUAGAUAGAACAAUGCAAGUUGUUGUUUGCUGUUGCAUGCUGCUGACAGCCCCUCCACGUUCCUCUAUUCUUUUCUUUAAUAUCUCAACUUGAGUACGAAUUUGUUUCUUUGGCACAAAAUAAAACUCAAAGCCAUUAAAGAUCUUCUGCAUUUUCAGGAUAAAAACAAACUGAUAAUAUCAAAAUAUUAAACGUUUUACAGUAAAACCUCGAGUAAAACAGAUAAAAUCGCUCAAUAUAAACUCGACACUCAACGCCAUGAAAACCAGUGGUUGAAACCAAAAAUCUGCAAGACUUAGUGUAACCCUUAUUAUACUUAUUUAAGGAUAUACUUGUGCAGGCUAGGGAUCAGUGUGGAUAUAAGGUUUAAUUGUAUUAUGUCACUGACAAAAGUUUACAGAGACCUUUUAGGAUCGAGAUCUGUCAAGAAAUCUGCCCGUAACAGAGCAAUAGCAUGCACCCAGCCCGCCUUAUGGGAAAUUUCCAGCCUGGUAACAGAUCGGGAACUCAGUUAGGCAAGCCAGCUCGGUUCUCAAAUAAACGCAAAAUGAAAUUUAUUAGGGAAUACUAGCUAACACAGGUGGGAUCUCUUGCCUAAAACAAGGUAGCUCGGCUACCCAAGUCAGUUCGCUCUUGUCAUGUUUAUUGGUUCAAGCCGUCUGUCAAGGGGAAAAUAUAAAUGACACACUCAAGGCGUGAAAAAUGGUGCUAAAAUGAGAGAGAAAAACACUUGUAUAAAGUUAUUGUAGAGCACUAUGUAGAAUAUUCGAUUGAGUCUGUUCCUAAACACUAAAAGGACUAAAAAGGAAAUGAGCGAUAGAAUAUUUCAUUGUUGGUUCGCAAAAUUAAACAAGUAUCAGAAUCCAAAUAGCAAUCUAUACACAUGCCCACAGCACAUGUCACAUGAUACAUUGUCAUUAGUCAUUGCAGAAACCAGAACAGCAUUGUAAAUCAUUAAUCUUACAUCGCUGUGCAGUGCUUUUAGAGUUUAUAGCGUACAAGUCAUGUGAGAACGCUAUAAAUGAGCAAAAUCAUUGCAUGAAAUGAGUUUGGACAAUGAUUUGUCGAGUUUCGUCAGCACACAAAAAGGUCGCCAUUGUAGGGGCGGCAAAAGCUAUCGACAACAGAGAAAUUCAAGUGUCAGUGAAACAACAGAUUCAUUUACAAUCGCAUGCAAAAAUGAGACUUUUCACAUUUUUGGCAAUUUUACAGUAUGUUGGCCUCCCCCUGCCCCCAUGAUCAAUGUUGGAAAAAGUGGAUUGAAUUUUCUCUUGUCAGUCAUUCACACAACAUUGAAUUGGGGGUGAGGGGGGCAUUUAUGCGGUUGUCUCAAUAAUUUUUGCUCCUGAUUGUAGGUAAGGGAUAUUAUGGAUUUUUAAUUUUAACAAUUUUAUAGUGUCAAAUUCAAUAUUUUCACGUUAUCUGCAUAUAUUUUCCAUUGAUACUAUUACUAUAUUGAUACAUGACAGCUGUUAGCCUGAGCUGUAGCCGCUUGUAUUUCUGAAGUUAUUACAGUCACUUUGUUAUCAUGUUUCCCAUAAAAUAUAUGAUGGAAUUUGACCAUACAGUGAUUUUAAUAAAACCGCAAUUUGACAGGCUCGGCUGAUGAAAAUCAGAUUGCUAUUUCAAAAGCAUUGUUCAGUCACCCAGCUGGAUUGGAUGUCAUGGUUUGUUGUGAGCAAAAAAGAGAGAUAUGUUUUGUUUCUGAUCAAGGUAACCUUGUCAUCUGCUUUAUUAAUGUUAUUAAAACCAUCAAUGGUCCCAAAUGUGCAGGGACACUGAAAAUACAUCCUGCGCCAGAGAAAUGGAGACCAGAGGGACUAAUAUCCAUUCCACAACCCUGGUCAUAACAGCAGGCAUAGGGUUGAGUUUAAUUCGACUUGAUGAGUCUCUGUUGCAUGGUCAGUUGAUUACUAUCACGCCUGACAAAAUUGCAUGCCAAAGCACGAACAUUCUUCAAUUUCUUUAAUUUUCAUCCUGUUUCUACAAAAUUUCCCAUAAACAUAGAACAUGUCAUUCUUGCAAAUUGUAUGUUUUUGUUUGUCGAAUUGCUACAUUUUUGGCGGGAAAAUGACGUCACAAACUUGCCGCUAAAAAAAUAACAGUUAGCUAUUGUUAAUUUUAUGCACUUAUUCAGUAGAUGACAUUGAGAGAGUCAUGAAACUGAACUCUGUUUCUAAAUAAGACUAUUUCUCGCAAAGAUAUAGCGGUACAAAUGUCGAAAAAUCAGCCAUUUUGUUACUAAAAAUAGAAGAAAAUGGCUGAUUUUUAGAAAUUUGAGUCUGAUAUCUUCGCAAGGAAUGGUUGUAUUUCAAACAGACUUCAGUUUUAAGACUCUCUCAAUGUUGUCUACCGAAUAAGUGCAUAAAAGUAACAAUAGCUAACUGUUAAUUUUUUAGCGGCAAGUUUGUGAUGUUAUUUUUCUGCCAAAAAUGUAGCAAUCGAAAAACAAAAAACAUACAAUUUGUAAGAAUGACAUGUUCUAUGUUUAUGGGAAAUUUUGUAGAAACAGGAUGAAAAUUCAAGAAAUUAAAGCAUGUUGCUGCUUUGGCAUGCAUUUUUGUCAGGCGUUGUAUUGUGAAUACUUUGCAAUCUCCCAGAGGACUUUAUUUUCAUCCCACGCAAUCAAACUCUAUUUUGGUCGCAGAUGGGAAUGUGAUCAAAGAGAUCAACACCAGCUAGAAGGAAACAUCUGUUCUUGCUCAAGGAUUUCAGGUAGCCUUUGGCAUAUCAGCUGCUAGAAAUGGUGAGAUAGGGAUAACUGAUGUUGGGUUGCACAGAGUGAGUUUGUUGAAAUGGAAUGGAAGGUGCAUGGAUUAAUCCGACUGUAAUUGGCAGUAGAGAUGCUGGGUGCAGUAAUGCUACAACUGCUGAUCUUCAUGAGCCAACUGGAAUAACCUGACAUGAAUUCUGCACAAAUUUGUUGCAUUAGAGGAUGGGAUCAUGGGUGCAUAAAGCUCUACUCAAAGUCAGCUUUGCCACAGAAUUCAUGUCAAACAUUUAUGAUGCAAUAGUGUGUUUUAUAUGACGUCACAGCAUAAAUUAAUUUUAUAUGCCGCCAUGUUGGUGGAGUAAAGUCCCAACAUGGUGGCCAGCGAUGUGGAACUAAAUGUAAACAGCGAGUCAGAAAAAGUAAUUAAUUAUUCAUGAGAUUCCUUUGUCUGAAUAUGCAAAAUUUCCCGAAAGUUUUGUUAGGAAGCAUUAUAUUGAGAAAAUAUCGGUUAUUGGAAUGGAUCCUCUAUUUAUUCCAGAGGAAAAGUUGAGUACCGAGGAAAAGUUGAGUCCUGUAGAAGCAGCCGAUCUUGUAUCGUAUCUUGUUUUGGAAAUGAGCUUUUACACGAAAGAUCAAUUCAAAAAUUUUAGAAGCUUACAUGCAUACAACCAAACGGUAUCUGGUUUUAUAACAAGUAUUUUAGGUCAGAUGUUUUCUGAUAAAUAUGUGGUUGUUGGCAAAGUUCGACACUCACAACAAAUGAAUGAUCCGCCUUGUUCAGCUGUGGAUAAUUACAACAAAUGACAGAACGAUUCUAUCUGUGCAUUGUCAUGGAUGUAUGGUGGGUUUAGGAGAAUGCUGUUUGCAUAUUGCUAGCAUUCUUUUCUACUUGGAAGCCUCGACAAGAUUAAACGAAAAGCUCACAUGUACCCAAGUUAAAUGUUCCUGGAUUUUGCCAACAGCGGUGAAGAAUGUCGAUUAUCUAAGAGUAAAGGACAUAAAUUUCACCUCAGCAAAGAAAAUGAAGUGUGAGCUCGACAAGACUGUCAAUUAAUUAUUAUGCAGUAAUAAAUUUAUGUGGUGUUUCCACAAACAAAACUAUUAAAAGACUGUCAAUUCUUUGGAUCCUGCUGCAUGUACAACUACUGAUACUUCGAAAGUAACUUUGGAAUCUACCAGUGUUUCUGCAAAGGCACACAAGCCAAAGGCCCCUCUCAAUAAACCAUCUGCAAAGGAACUUGAUGCAUUUUACAAAUUGCUCAGUGAGUGUAAAAUUAAGCCUGUUUGCCUGAGUUUAGAGAAGCCUUAUGCCGAUACAUUUAUUUCCAAAACAAGGAACAUCAGCACUUAUGCAGAUUUGUUUGAUCCCAAAUUCCUGCAGCUUAACUACAUCGAUCUUUUAAAAGAAUGCUACAAUGUUGAACUUAGUAUCAGUCCCGAAGACAUUGCCUUAAUUGAGAGAGAAACUGUGGAGCAAUCAAAAAGCAACGCCUUUAUAUCAACACCAUACUGGUAG